GAGGGAGACGAAGAAGAAGAAGAAGAAUCUCCCCCAAAAAACCUCUCCGCAGCAAAAUAAAGUGUGUGUGUUUGUGUGUGUCAGUCCCAGGCUGCGAGCAGAGCACACACACUCCUGUCACUGUUGUCCUGAACUGGGCUCCGGCUAUUUCCUGCUUGCUACUUAUAGUCAACGCGCACAGGUGCCAUGGCAGAGCGGGUGCUGUUGGUCGGCAGCGGAGGACGGGAGCACGCGCUGGCCUGGAAGUUGGCCCAGUCGCCACAGAUCCAGCAGGUCCUGGUUGCCCCGGGUAACGCAGGCACCGCCAACUGUGGGAAGAUCCGCAACUCUGAGGUAUCGGUGAGCAACCACUCCAUCUUGGCUCAGUUCUGCAAGGAUCAUCAUGUGGGCCUGGUGGUGGUCGGGCCUGAGGUGCCGCUGGCUGCAGGUAUCGUCGAUGACCUGACGGCAGCAGGAGUGCCGUGUUUCGGCCCCUCUGCAAAAGCCGCUCAGUUGGAGGCCAGCAAGAGCUUUUCCAAGGCGUUCAUGGAGCGCCACGGCAUCCCCACGGCCCGUUACGGCUCCUUCACCGACCCCCAGGAGGCCUGCAACUACAUCCGCACUGCCGACUUUCCUGCGCUGGUGGUGAAGGCCAGCGGCCUGGCAGCCGGGAAGGGAGUCAUCGUGGCCACAGACCAGGAGGAGGCCUGUCAGGCUGUGAUGGACAUCAUGAAGGACAAAGCCUUUGGAGCUGCAGGGGACACGGUGGUGGUGGAGGAGCUCCUGGAGGGAGAGGAAGUGUCUUGUCUGUGUUUCAGCGACGGCUCCUCGGUGUCGCCGAUGCCUCCGGCGCAGGAUCACAAGCGGCUGCAGGACGGGGACCUGGGGCCCAACACAGGCGGCAUGGGGGCCUACUGCCCCACCCCUCAGGUGAGUCAGGAGCUGCUGCAGCAGAUCAGAGAGACGGUCCUUCAGAGGACGGUGGACAAGAUGAAGGAGGAGGGAGCUCCUUACGUGGGUGUGCUGUACGCAGGGCUGAUGUUGACCAAGCAGGGCCCGAAGCUGCUCGAGUACAACUGUCGCUUCGGAGAUCCUGAGUGUCAGGUGCUGAUGCCCCUGCUGAAGAGCGACCUGUACGAAGUGAUAAUGAACACCAUGAAAGGCACACUGGCUGCCAACCCCCCCGUGUGGCAGCAAGGCAGCUCUGCUGUCACGGUUGUCAUGGCCAGCCCCGGUUACCCUGGCUCCUACAAGAAAGGAGUCGAGAUCACAGGCCUCUCCCAGGUUCAGGACAACGGGCUGCAGGUCUUCCACGCCGGCACCGCCCUGAAGGAAGGAGGCGUGGUGUCCAGCGGUGGGCGGGUCCUGACUGUCACGGCGGUCAGUUCCUCCCUGGAAGCGGCGUUGCGUUCCGCCAACCAGGGCGUGGCUGCCAUCGGCUUCCCGGGUGCGGUCUACCGCCGCGACAUCGGCCACCGGGCCAUCGCUCACCUGAACCAAUCCAGGUGUGUAGGUCUGACCUAUAAGGAGAGCGGAGUGGACAUCGCCGCCGGUAACAAGCUGGUGGAGCUGAUCAAACCUCUGGCUAAAGCUACGUCUCGCUCUGGCUGUAAUGCAGAACUGGGAGGCUUCGCUGGUCUCUUUGACCUGAAGGCUGCAGGGUUUGUGGACCCCGUCCUGGUGUCUGGGACGGACGGCGUCGGGACCAAGCUCAAGAUUGCCCAGGCGUGCGGGCAGCACGGCGGCCUGGGUCAGGACCUGGUCGCCAUGUGCGUGAACGACGUGCUCGCCGUGGGCGCCGAGCCGCUCUUCUUCCUGGACUACUUCUCCUGCGGCAGGCUGGACGUGGACGUGGCCGCCGCGGUGGUCGGCGGCAUCGCCAAGGCCUGCGAGAUGGCGGGCUGCGCUUUGCUGGGGGGUGAGACGGCCGAGAUGCCGGGCGUCUACGCUCCCGGCGAGUACGACCUGGCCGGGUUCUGCGUGGGAGCAGUGGAGCGCGGCGCCCUGUUGCCCAGGCUGGGAGACAUUGCCGAGGGGGACCUGCUGCUGGGAGUGGCGUCCUCCGGCGUCCACAGCAACGGUUUCAGCCUGGUCCGCAAAGUCCUGGAGCGGGCCGGCCUCAGCUACAGCUCCCCCGCCCCGUUCUGCGGCCCUGGACAGACCGUCGGUGAGGUUCUGCUCACGCCGACGAAGAUCUACAGUCGCCUGCUGCUGCCCAUCCUCCGCAGCGGCGCCGUGAAGGCCUACGCCCACAUCACAGGGGGGGGGCUGCUGGAGAACAUCCCUCGGGUGCUGCCCCAGGAGCUGGCGGUCGAUUUAGACGCGUCUCAGUGGGACAUCCCCCCCGUGUUCUCCUGGCUCCACAGGGAGGGCGGCCUGAGCGACGACGAGAUGGCCCGCACCUUCAACUGCGGCCUGGGCGCCGUGCUGGUGGUCGCCCCGCCGGACGCUCCGGGGGUCCUGGAGCAGCUGCAGGCCCACGAGGACGCCUGGAUCGUGGGCUCACUGGCUCACAAGCUGCCUGGGGCAGAAGCUGUGGUGGUGCGUAACCUGAGCAACAGCCUGCUGAAGGCGGGGUCAGCCGGAGACUCGGGGGUCGAGCAAAAUAAUGGUUGUCACGGCAGCGACGGCACACCACGCAAAAGGACGAGAGUCGCUGUUCUCAUCUCUGGCACAGGCACCAACCUCCAGGCCCUGAUCGAGCAGGCCAGGCGUCCGUCCAGCUCGGCCGAGAUUGUGGUCGUCAUCUCCAACCGGCCGGGCGUCCAGGGCCUGAAGAGGGCGUCGCUCGCUGGAAUCCAGACACGAGUGGUGGACCACAAAAUGUACGGGAGCCGGGCAGAGUUUGACGGCACCAUCGACCGCGUGCUGGAGGAGUUCAGGGUGGAGCUGGUGUGUCUCGCUGGAUUCAUGAGGAUCCUCACGGGAACCUUUGUCAAGAAAUGGAACGGGAAACUGCUGAACAUCCAUCCAUCCCUGCUGCCGUCAUUCAAGGGCGUGAACGCCCAGAAGCAGGCGCUGCAGGCCGGCGUGCGGGUGACCGGCUGCACGGUUCACUUCGUGGCAGAAGAGGUGGACGCCGGCGCCAUCAUCGCGCAGGAGGCCGUGCCCGUGCUGAGCGGCGACACCGAGGAGGCGCUGUGCGACCGGAUCCGGGAGGCGGAGCACCGCGCCUUCCCCGCCGCCCUGGAGCUGGUGGCCAGCGGCGCCGUCACGCUCGGCGAGGACGGCCACAGCGUGUGGAAGACCAGCCCACAGAGUUAAAGACCAGACGUCAAACUCAACUUUAUCCAUUCCUGUCAUUAACACAAUUAAACGGUUUGCUUGUGUAACACUAAAACUUUAUUGUACAAAACAAGUGGGAAAGGAAUAGAAAAUGUUUCCCUCCACUUCAAACUGUCCUUUGCAUCAUCGGGUCCAGUUAGGAUGAAAGUAGCAUUUCAACUUCUAGUGUAAAGAAGCAUCGUACUUGAAAAUGAAAAUGACAUUCCAAUAUUAUCUUUUAAGAAAUGUUACGAUUGUAAUAAUGCCUGCACUGGAAUUAGCUUGUACUGCUUGUAGUGAAUUCUUGUCCGUCAUUAUUAAAAUGUCUGUUACAGUGUUGCA